UAGGAUCGAUUGCUUCUCUCUUCUCGCACUUGAGAUCAUUUUCCUAAUUAACGCGUCCGGAGUAUGUGAGCGUCCUUUCGUCACUCGUGCCUAAUUUCCUCCACUUUGAAGGGGCAUUACAAGAGCAUCACAGCUGUUGCCUAAGGCGGGGGUACAGAUGACGCCUACAGAUCCUCAUCAUUGAGCUCUUAUCUAGAGUGUACAAGAAAUCCAAGAGAAACCUAAUCAGUUGCAAGUGAAAGAUGGCGCUUCCUCCACUCCGAGGCCGAGAGGGACCACCUGGCUUGUUAUCAGUGCACAGUUCAAAAGAGGGAGGGGGAUAGAUAUGGAAGGGCCAGAGUCGUGGCGGAUAGAGAUGAUGGCUGGGGAUCCGGGGAUGAUGAAGGCUUCAGGGGGAAUCUCUCCGGGCUUCAGGGGCUGAGGAGGGCCGUAGCCUUGUUGGGCGCCGUAUCUGAAUUGCCAGCUGUUACAGUUGACUCCAGCACCCACUGGGGGUGACAGUUCCCCACCCCCAUCUCCAUCUGAGGACUUUACUCACCAGCAGCGCUAGACACAGUGGGCCAGUUCUGGACCAGCAUCCCCUGGGCUCCCUGCAUCACAGACGCCUCCUCCAUGUGGACUGAGCUGAAAGAAUCAAGGGGCGUGUCCAGAGAGGCAGCCAGGGAUGGCAGGGGCCCUUCUAAAACCUUACUGGACACUCUUGGUGCCACCCCAAAAUCUUUAACCGUUGUUGGAGGAGGGACCUACUGUGUGUUGAAACAACUUCUUGGUUGUGUCGUGAAACUGGGCGACUCAUGCUUCCGACUUUAUGCUGCAACCCAGAGACAGACCCUAUACCCUCAGGUGAACCGGGGACAGGAAAGAUAUUAAGAUGUUAACACAAGACUGCCUACAGCGACACUGCGACAGUCAUUUAUUAUAAUGGGCAGAUUCUUGCCUCGGCUGGUUAUUGUGCAAAAAUUGAUCUCCCUUGAACCUUGUGUGCCAGCAGACAUUAGUCAGCGUUGUCUGUAAGCCAGUGAUGUACGUCGCAAGAGGCCCUCAUACAUGUUGCCAUGGGAAGGCAAACUUCACCUACAGCAGCACUGGCCAUAAACCUCCAGCACACGGCAGACCCUCUGAUGACCCAAUGGAACAGAGUUUACGAGUAGUGCUGUUUUGGGUCCUGGUGCUGCACUGUGGCUCUGCUGUGGGCAGCAUCCUGUAUCGGGUCCAGGAGGAGCAGCCUCCAAACACCCUCAUUGGUAGCCUGGCAGCAGACCAGGGCCUCCCAGAUUCGGGUCAUCUGUACAAGCUUGAGGUGGGUGCCCCUUACCUUCGGGUGGAUGGAAAGACAGGAGACAUCUUCACCACAGAAAUCCCCAUAGACAGAGAGACCCUGAGGGACUGUCGAACCCUGGCCAAGGGUAAGCCGUGCUACCUGGAAUUUGAAGUAUCAGUGACAGACCUGAUUCAAAACCAGAGCCCACGACUCAUUGAAGGACGAAUUGAAGUGCAGGACAUCAAUGACAACACGCCACAGUUCCCCUCUUCAGUGCUCACCAUCUCUGUCCCUGAAAACACGAUCAUGGGGGCAUUGUUCUCCAUACCUCUUGCUACAGACAGGGACUCAGACAGGAACGGUGUGGCAGAUUACGCCCUGACUGCGGGACCAGAUGCUGCAACCCUUUUUGGCUUACAGGUGGCUGACGACAGGGGGGGGAAGCUCCCGCAGCUCAUCGUCCUGGGCAACUUAGAUCGUGAGUUGAAGGAUUCAUAUGAUCUCACCAUCAAGGCAGUGGAUGGAGGAAACCCUCAGCGCUACAGCAGUGCUUUACUGAGGGUGGUCGUCACUGAUGCCAAUGACAACGCUCCCAAGUUUGAAAAGUCUACAUAUGAGGCAGAAGUGUCUGAAAACAGUCCAGCGGGGCACUCCGUGUUGCAGGUCAAAGCAAAUGACUCCGACAUGGGCCCGAAUGGAGAAAUUGAGUACACCCUUCACCAAGCAGUCGACCCAGUACCAAGACUCUUACGAAUUGAUCGCUCCACUGGCGUAAUAUAUGUCAAAGGAUCACUUGACAGAGAGGAAAUCAACAGCUUGUCCUUCUAUGUGGUGGCAAGGGAUAAGGGUCCUCAACCUAAGAGCUCCAAGACGUUUGUGACCAUUGAGGUGACCGACCAAAACGACAAUGCUCCAGCCGUGGAGAUUCGUGGGAUUGGCCUCGUGACACACAGUGAAGGAGUAGCUAACAUCUCAGAGGACAUGCCAGUUGGAACAGCUGUUGCUUUGGUGCAGGUGUCCGACAGGGAUGAGGGCGAGAAUGCUGUGGUAACAUGCGUGGUCGCAGGUGAUGUGCCCUUCCAGCUCCGACCUGCCAGCGAUUCCUCCAGCGAUAACAAGAGGAAGUAUUUUCUGCAGACCACUACUCCUCUUGACUACGAAAGGGUUAGGGAAUACCGGGUGGAGAUCGUGGCUGUGGAUUCUGGAAAUCCAGCACUCUCAAGUACAAACUCUCUAAAGGUGCAGGUGACUGAUGUUAACGAUAACUCCCCAGUAUUCUCCCCAACUUUGUUUGAGGUAGAUUUUGCUGAAGAAAACCAACCAGGGGAAAAGGUCUUAGAUGUUAUAGCUUCAGAUGCUGACAGUGGCACCAAUGCAGAACUCCUCUAUAAUAUUGUGGCAGACUCAUCAAUCAAAGGUCUGUUUGAGAUUGACCCAAAUACAGGGGAAGUAAGAGCCAGAAGCCCUCUUGACCGCGAGCAUAAAGAACGCUAUGAGUUCCGUGUCACGGCAGCCGAUAAAGGGUCACCAGUUCAUAAAGGAACAGCAACUGUGGUAAUAAAUGUCCUCGAUCGCAAUGACAAUGACCCUAAGUUCAUGCUCAGUGGCUACAGCUUUUCAGUGUUGGAGAACAUGCCUCCCCUCAGUCCAGUUGGCAUGGUGACUGUUCUUGAUGUUGACAAAGGUGAGAACGCUCGUGUUCAACUCUCUGUAGAGCCUGACGGCGGCAAGUUUGUCGUUCAAAAUGGCACAGGCACCAUUCUUUCAAGCAUCUCAUUUGAUAGGGAGAAAGAAAGCAGCUACACAUUCCGUCUGAAAGCAGUGGAUGCGGGAGAGCCACCGAGGUCAUCAUAUGUUGGCGUAACCAUCAAUGUACUGGAUGAAAAUGACAAUGACCCUGUGGUCACCAAGCCCUCCAAUUCCUCCUACAAGCGCUUGUCGCCUCUGGCUUCUCCUGAUAGCCAUGUUGAGAUAGUGGAAGCUGAAGACCUGGAUAGUGGGCCUAAUGCAGAACUGGUCUUCAGUAUUGCUGGUGGGAACCCUUAUCAAUUAUUCCGUAUCUCUCCAUCCAGUGGGGAGAUCACUCUGGCAAAAGAGAUGACCCGAAAACAUGGUGGACUACAUCGCCUAGUAGUGAGAGUUAGUGACAGGGGGAAGCCUGCACGUCACGCCACUGCCCUGGUCCAUAUCUAUGUCAAUGAAACCAUUUCAAAUGUCAGCUUAGUGGAGGCUCUAGUUGGACACAGUCUUUACACGCCACUGGACAGGGACAUUGCUGGUGAUCCUGACAAUGGAUUUGCAGCACAGCGUAGUAACAUUUUGUUUGGAAGCCUUGCUGGAGUAGCAGGCGUUGUCAUGUUGAUCUUGGUGGUGGUGUUUAUUCGACAUCGCAUCCAUAGAGAAACAAAGAGCGGAUACCAAGCUGGCAAGAAGGAAACAAAGGACUUAUAUGCCCCCAAACAGGCACCAAAGAAUGCCAAAGGCAAACGAGGGAGGAAAGGAAAACCCCAAAAGUCCCCAAAACCACUUGGAGAAGAGGAGGAGGUCAGUCUCCAAAAGAGCCUGAAGUUCAAUCUCGAUGGAGUCAACGAUAGCCCCAGGAUACACCUGCCCUUAACAUACUCCCCAGGAAGUCCUGAUAUAGGCAGGCACUACCGCUCCAACUCCCCCCUACCAUCAAUCCAGCUGCAGGCUCAGUCUCCCUCAGCCUCUCAGAAGCAUCAGGCUGUUCAGGACCUCCCUGCUGCCAACACCUUUGUAGGAACAGGGGGAGAUGACAACUCUACCGGCUCAGACCAGUACUCAGAUUACAGCUACAAGACCAGCCACCCCAAGUACAACAACAAACAGCAUCCCCAUCGACGAGUGACCUUUUCCACCACCAACCCGGUGCAGGACCUGCAGGACGCCUCUCAGCACAGCUACUAUGACAGCGGCUUGGAGGAAUCGGAGACUCCCAGCAGUAAGUCAUCGUCUGGCCCUCGCAUCGGACCCCUGACCCUGCCCGAGGACCACUAUGAGAGGACCACUCCAGAUGGCAGCAUUGGAGAGACCGAGCACCCUGAAAACGAUAUCCGCUCCCUCCCUGAUGUGGCAAUGACUGGGAACUGUACCAACGAGUGCAGCGAAUUGGGCCAUUCAGACGCCUGCUGGAUGCCUGGGCAUCCCUCCCCUGUACGCAAGACCAGGAACCCCCCCAAACUCUCCACCUUCGUGCCUUACCAGGAGAGAGGGAGCCUGGGACGCCUGGCCAAUGGGAGUGCCAGGCUGGGCGGCGAGGAGCAUCAUCGGCCGCGCCUCCCGCCCUCUCGCAGUGCCUAUUCCAACAGUGGUCACGAGGCCAAUCAGGACUGCCAGUUAGAGGAGAUGCCCCUGAGCGUGGCCUCUGAGUUCCCGCCAACUUCACCCUCUGCCCACACUCCAAAAAGAGAAAUCUACCUGUGAGGAAAAUCAUCACCUGAUUGGUGCACAAAUGAAGAAAAGAUACACCCUCUUCAUGAGGAGGAACAGGCAGUCCACAUGCUAAAGCCAAUGCCCGUUUUGUAGGUAACAAUAGGCUGUGACUCAUCCAAUCACUGGCAUGAACACUUGUUUUUCUGUCAUUUCCUCCUUAAAUUAUUAAUUUAUUAGCAUAUUUAUUAAGGAUUCCACAAAGUUAAUUGAUGCACUCGCUCAUUUAUUUAUACUCAAUCUUGAAGGGUACGAUUCAAACAGAUCAAAAGGAAAUGCAGAUGGCAAUUGCUACUUUAGCAGUAACUAAUUAUCGUUGUAGUUAGCCAAGUCCCAUUCUGUGAAGUGAUCUCUUGAAUUUGAAAGUUGUGAUCAGUGCUCUUGUGCCAUUAUUAGAUACAUAAUUUACUAGACAGCCAGUCGAGCCCUAUCAGAAGGCAUAUGAUCAAAUGAAAAUGGUCUCUCUUAAUGUACAGCGCUGUAAAUACAUUUGAAUGGUGUGUUCUACAUAUAUUUUUGUCCGGCAUAAGCUGAAAAAAAAAGUUAAAAACUUGCCUCAGAAUUUUUAGCAUAUUUAAGCUUUUAUUUGCUGCUGCUGUUUAGACUUGAUUGAAACCAUCUCCAGACGUGGAGCUUGAUAUUGUGGUAGGCAUUUAUCCACUCCAUACAAUCACACACACAGACACAUGCACACACGCACACCUUCGACCUAUAAUCAUAGCAGAAUGGCCUUUACCUCUGCUCCCCGUAGAGCUCUGCCACUGGUGGAGAAAAGCUGUGUGGCAACAUUUAAACCGACAUUAUGUUCCACCGACUCGCAGCACUGUGACCUAUCGUUCAUCAUGAAAACGGUUGACUUGGCCACAGUACCCCGGAGUCACAACGACCAAACGCAGAGUGCUGAUUGGCUUUUCCUGUUAAAUCUUAUGACUCACUCUUGUGGUUGAAACCGUACCAGUGUAUCAGUCUGAAAAAAAAGCUCUUUCUGUCGUGACAAUCAGACAGGCUCACAAUCUUUUCUCCCUUAAGCUCAGAGUCCUUUCUCUCUCACAAUCCAUAAAAAGCCCCAUAGAUCUAAUAAAUGCAUCAGAACUAUUCACAUGAAAGGGCACAUGAGUGUACAGAGCCAUUGAAAAGACUUAGUAAUUAUCCAAGCUAAUAUCAUAAUGAUGUAAGCUACCUGAAAGAUCUACAUUAAGACACAUUUAUUUGUUUUUAAAGAUCUCACUUAAAAAAGGCAUCUGCAGAUUUGAAAACAGGGCAACUGAAGUUACCAGCUAGUCCAACUUUCAAGUCGUAUGUGCUGAAAUGUUUUUCAAAUUAUUAGCUGUUAAAGCUGCUGUGAAGAAUUUUGGCUUGUGUCAUGCUGAGGUCUUGCCCCCCAUAGUGGUUACAUACCUUCAAAAUUACAAUUCAGCUUUGAAAAUAACUGAAAAUUACAAUUUCAGUCCUAUUUCUGAUAUUAGUAAGUUUUUCUAGGUCAUAAAAAUGCAUCAAUAUUGAUCUCAAUCUGUUUAACAACCACCUGAAAACUCCUCACUGAGGCUUUAAAUGAUUUAAAGUCAUAUUAAACUUUAAGUCAGUAGUAUCUGCAAAUGAAGACAAUUGUUGAUCUCAAACUUAAGUUCAGCCAGACAGCGAAGGGCUCCUGGAACUGCAGUUAAUUAUGAUUUUCCUUGUAUUGAGGACAACAUGCUUAAUAAAUUAUCAGGCAUUUCCCUCCUCUGGCUAUUGAACAGAGGAUAAAAAAUAGGGCAUGCCCGUGGGCUUCAUUUAUCUUUACAAAGAUUUUUCCAAGUGAAUCUGAAGGAUACGUCUGAAGGACACUCUGUAUUAGUCAGUAAUUGGAUGUUAAUGAUGACAACACUAGUCCGCCUUACAACAUUGCAGCGCUAGCCGCCGUCUUUGAUUUAAACAUUGAUUUGAUUAGAUCCGCAGAUACCUUUCACCUCUGCAGAGCAUUUCCAUCGUGAGAUUGUGUCUCUGAGUAAGGGUGGAAGAGCCCAGAAUGGACAUUUCCUAAUUAGGGUGAGUAAUGAGUCCUGAGCGAGGGCAUGUGCGAGCACACCCCCAGGACAAGGCACCCACCAGAUAAUGCAAAUCUACCCUGCAGAGUAACAAUCAGUUAAAAGGGGUAUUUUUAUCAGCACUUACCUCAUCAUGCUGCCAUUGGAAAGUGCGUUCAGAAUAAUUAAACUGAAAACAUAUGGAAAUUACUGGACAUGGCUGUUAUUAAAUAAGGUGGGCGAUUAUCCUGCCUUGAGGGGGAGGACGCACAUUGUGCGUUUUCAAAGCCAUUUAGCGAGUGGAAUAAAAUUUCAAACAACAGCCAUGAUACACUGUGUAUUAAACCCCCACGGCUUCCCCCACCACCACCAACAAGCACCCCUCUCACAGAGCUGUGGAUAGCUGCUUCACCGACUCAAAGCAGCGGUAAGAUCACUGACCUGGAAUUAAUGACAAGUGAGAAAGAUAGCGAUGACUGAUAAAACCCAGUGUCACAAAGCCUCAAUCACAACUUUAUAUAUCGAAAUGCUUUGACUCGAUUCAGAAUCCACUACUGUUUUGCAUCAGGAGUUAUCUCUGACUUGAUUCCAGCCUAAACACACUUAUUGUUUUGAGUAAAUCUGGAAUGUACCUUACAAUUUGUCACCAAUGCAAGGAACUGAACGACAGGAGUUAAGUGAAACCUCUGUCUCUUCAAAAUAAACGCAAGCCUGGGCCUAUUUCUCUUAAUGAGUUGGACUCCAGCCGAUAAUGACCUCCUGCUACUCACCCCUGGAACAAUAUAUCACCAGGUUUGACCUUUCUUUUGAACUCAUGCUGAAUGAACUGUGUUUACUUCUCUCGAAACACAGAGCGGGUCCUCCUUGAUCAAAGUGCGAGGACAUCAUGAAGCACCUAAAUACACUCAAAAAGUGUGUUGAAUAAUGUUUAAUUUGUACUUAACAUUGAUUUAAUGUUGAAUUCACUUGAGUAUCUUUUGCCUCUCUGUAGUGUGUAUUGUAUGGUGAUCAUUUCUGUGGAAAGAUGGACAAAUUACUGUACUGAAUUGGAAAGGGGAUAUUUUGUGUUUCUUACUGGUCAAAGACCUGAGCAAACUGGUUGUGUGAAAAAAUAAAGAAAUCUUUUGGUGGUGUAGUGUACAUAGAUCUCCACAACCCUGUUCCAAGCAGGCGACGAUUUUAGAUGAAUCCAAAGAUAAUUGGUAGAAACUGUUUACUCUUUUCUUUUUCUUUUUCCUUCCUGAAAUGUCAGUGCUGGGUCAUAUUCAAAAGGCCCUCUACCCAAGCGAACUGAAAUUAUCGGAACAUUUCAUCUUUUCACAGUUUCAUCUAGAAACAAAGACAAUUGCCUUGAAAAUACGUCUUUGCAAGAGAGAAUCUAGUUGUUAUCCUAAUUGUUGGUAUAUUUAUAUAGGAUAAAAUGCUUGUGAUGCCAUGUUUUUGUACAGUUUUAUGUACAUACAAGUGAAGCUUUCUAAAAGUUCUGAGAAAAGCCGAUGGCAUAUAAAAAUUGUAACAUGUUUUUUCUUGAGAUGUGCACAUCUUGCCUUGGUUGGAUUGACCUUUGCUGAGUCAGUGUGAAUGUGGCCGUUCUAUGCCUGCACUGUAGUCAUUCACCGGCUCCCACCUCCUGAGGACUUAAUCAGUUUUUAUGUUUAUCGUGAACAGUGGAUUGUCUUAUCUUACCAGUUUGUUAAACUCCUGUGUUUCGGCUUUGUUCUGUUUUCGCAUGUUGACAAAUUCUCUUGUAAUACUGUAAGUCCUCAUGAACUUUGUAAUAAAAUCACUUCAGGGAAAAAAUGAA